AUGUCAGAAUUUUCCAGUCCUGCGACACAAUUUCCUCAGUUUUUCGGUCCGUUCGCAGAAGUAGAGGCAAAGCUGGAGACCGCGUCACCGUACAAAAGGAUCCCACCGCUCACGACUCCGGAAAAAUUCGUACCUGGAGAUGAUUUCGACGUUUGGGAAUCACAGGUACGACGUUAUGUUCGUAAGCUGCCGCCAACAUAUCGGGCAAAUGCGGUGAUCAAUUUCCUAUCGAGGGAAGCUUACACGUUAGUCAUGGACUUCGAUCUCCCGGACGAUGUGGAUACCCUUCUGGUAACCCUGAGACGGUGA